CAGUGACUGUCUGUGUAAUUUGCAAAUAUCACUAAUUCGUAUUUCUUCUUUCACCCGAUAAACGAAAAGAAAAGUUACACGCGCGGCGUUUGGAGUCGUCGUCGUCAGUCGUCUCCCUCGUCGCUGUCUCUCUUCGUGCUCAUUCAUAGUUGGCUGCUGCCUGUGACGAAUAGAAUCGAUCCACCAUACACCGGAGGCCACGACAGUAUCUCUUCUUCUUCUUGGAACUCCGUCUCGGUACCUUGCGAUCAAGUUUCGCGGUCAGUUUCCCGGCGACCUAUUUGUCGAGGUAAUUUCCAAUUGGCCUGAACCUUUUUCUUCCCGCGCUUUCACCAUCAACUAUGGUCUUAGCUUCAUUAAAGCUUCCAACUUGAUCCGUUUCUCCUUCCUUUUUUUUGGGUUUGAAUUUGGAUUUUGACCAUUCCGCUGCAAAUUCUAUAGGCUAAACUUGUAUUUGAACAACCUAUACAAUGGCUAUACUUCGCCAAUCUGAAAAGCUAGGGCUGCCGCUGAUGAAUCUUGUUAGAUUCAAGGGAAUGCCCAUACUCGACCAACUCAAGUUGGAGGAAAAGUUGCUACGGACGACUUCAGAUAACUGUUGUAUUGUGAAUGAUGGAGCAGAUGCCCCCACCAUAGUCAUGGGAGUAUCAGGGAAACUUGCUGAACUUCUUGAACUCGAGUCUGUGAUUGGAGACAACGUUCCUGUUAUCAAACGAUUUACAGGUGGUGGUACAGUUAUAGUCGAUGAAGGGACUAUUUUUGUCACUCUCAUAUGCAACAAGGAUGCUGUUCCUAAGGUGCAACCAUAUCCUCGUUCAAUCAUGUCAUGGAGUGGUAAAUUGUAUGAUGAAGUGUUCCAAGGGAUUGGGGAUUUUCAACUGCGGGAGAAUGAUUAUGUAUUUGGUAAUCGCAAGUUUGGUGGGAAUGCCCAAUCUAUAACAAAAGACCGAUGGAUUCACCAUACUUCCUUUUUGUGGGACUAUGAGGAUCGGAACAUGACUUAUUUGAAGCUACCUUCUCGUGCCCCCGAGUACAGAUCGGCAAGAGAUCAUACAGAAUUUGUGUGUCGGAUGAGGGAGUAUUUGCAGAGAUCAGCUUUCAUAGAUAAAACCAUCAAAGCUCUUGGCAACUACUUUUUGGUGCAACCAGCAAACCCAUCUGAAGUUAGCUCCUGUCAGGUAGCAAAAUUUGCUCACUCCACUAGGCUUCUGUCGAAGCAAGAACUUGAGGAUGCUUGCUCAUCUAGUAAACCUGGGACUAUAGCUCAGAGUGCAAGCAUUUGAUUCGGCAAUCAGAAAGUGUGUUGUAGCUUGCCUCGAAUGUCAAGGAGCUCCUUCCACAGGUUUACACUGAACGCUAACCCAAGUUUCAUAAUGUUCAGGAGUUAUGUUCAUAUUGUUACUUUUUUCCAUCUUCAACAUGAACCGUUGAACCAAUUGACCAAUUCAUCAGCAUCGGAUUAUUAGUACACAAGCACAUUGUUUACAGUCCUGCUUGUCAAGUUCAUGCGAGGCAGAGUCAAUUGAAUAACCCCCUCGUGGGUAGGGGUCUGUAGUAUUCAAUGGAGUUGAUAAAACUCUCACCUGAAGUCUGCAGGGUCACAGUGAAACGUAAACAACACAACACAACACACAGAAGAAAAGAAACAGUAUUGUGAAAACUACUACUGUUGUCCUGCUUUUGCUGUAAGGCCCACCACAAGCCUCUUUUCCCCAGUUUUGUUACUUGCUUACUGUUGCAUGUUGCGAUUUUCUGGUAACCGUCCAUGAAUAUUAUUAUAAUAGUGUGUUGUUUGUCUGUUCUGAAUGUUUGACACAAACGAGAUGACAAAACACAUGGUCACUUCCUUGCUGGAAUUUAAUUGUCCAACAGUCUUAAGCAGCAGGAUUUAAAGAAGUCUGUUACUGAAAUGGGACU